AAAAUCUCAACCAGCCACAUUGGACCGUGAUAAUUCGAAGCUACACUUAAAAGAAUUAAUUUUCUCAGCUCUUUCGGAGACCUAAAGAAAGAAAAAAUAAUUGUCUCAUGUCGAAAAAAGAGCCGAAAAAAAGCGAACCCGAAUAUAAGAUGGAAACCGUUGCAAUGGAUCCACGUUUUCCAAAUUCGAAUGUAACGCGGCAUUGCUGGUUUUCCUAUGUGGAAUACCAUCGCUGUCAGAAGAGUCGUGGUGAAGGCCAUGAAUCAUGCCAAUAUUUUAAUAAAGUUUUCAAAACAAUGUGUCCCAAUGCCUGGGUACAAAAGUGGGAUGAACAACGGGAAGCUGGUGUUUUUCCUGGCAGAAUUUAAAUUUGAAUGAGUUUAUAUUAUAUCAAUUAUUGUUAAUUGACAAAAUUAUACAAUUCUCAAAACGCUUCAUGCACACCCACACCCACCCACAUACACCUAAAGCAGCGCCACAUGAAAACCACUUUUUCACCUAUUUAAUAUAAAUCGCUUUAAUAAACAUGAUUUCAGUACGUCG